GCCCGGCCUUGGGCUUCAUUUUGGGCAGGAGGACGGCCUCUUCCUCCGCUUGCAAAGCCGCGAGGGCGGAGCCAAGGGGGCGCAGCACCUGCGCAACAGAAAACUCCACGCGGCUCACGGGAGCAUUUUCCAGGCGGGCAACGUCGGCCAGCUGGAGCUCUUGUCUGCGGGGCGCAACUCAGGUCGCCGCGGGGGAUUCCGUGUCCGAGGCGGCAGCUCUUUUUUGGGCCGCGGGCCCUUUAAAUCUCUCCUGCUUCGGUGGGCGAGGACUUUCGUUUUCUGUCGUCGCUGCCCCCCCCCGCAUCGAUCCCACCUCCUCCUCUUAAAGGAGAACAACGCUCGGCCGCCGCUGCGUCACGGAGACGGACCUUUCCCGGGAGGACCGGCCUGACUUGAAGGUAUUGGGAAGAUGCUGCUGUCCAAACCCAGCAGGAAUGGCUUCUGCAUCCUUCACAGAACACACUGGUUGAGAGAGAUGCCUUGGAGGUCCCACCCUCCAGCCUGCAUGGCUUGGACAACCUCCCGCAACCAUGGCACUUGGAACGAUGCUGGCAGCACAAGGCGCAGGGUCAUGGUAGCAGCAGGGGCCGGGCUGGGCCUAGGCACCAUCUUAGCUUAUGGAGAUCACCGUCGGCGGGCAGCUGAGCUGGAGACCCCAGCGCCCGCAGCUGGACCCCCAUUUCCGGUCUUUACCCGGAAGGAGGUGGCUCGCCACAACAGCGAAGCGAGUCGGGUGUGGGUGACCUACGGCAGCGACGUUUUUGACAUCACAGACUUCGUAGAGGUGCAUCCUGGAGGCAAAAGUAAGAUCCUCCUGGCGGCAGGGGGCGCUCUGGAACCGUUCUGGGCCCUCUACGCCAUGCACAAGCAGGAACACGUGCUGGAGAUCCUCCGCGGGUACAAAGUGGGGGAGCUGAGCCCCGAGGAGCCUCCGCAGCCAAGCCCGGGAGACCCAUACGCCGAGGAUCCCCAGCGGCACCCCGCCCUGCGGAUCAACACCUUGAAGCCCUUCAAUGCAGAGACCCCCCCGGAGCUGAUUGCUGAGAACUACCUGACUCCCAACGCGCUCUUCUUCAAGCGUAACCACUUCCCCGUGCCCGUGGUGGACCCGGCCACCUACCGGCUGCAAGUACAGAGUUCCGGCGGGCGGACGAUGUCCCUAUCCCUGCAGGACCUGAAGAGGAGGUUCCCCAAGCACGAGGUGACCGCUACCCUGCAGUGCGCCGGUAAUCGCCGGGCCGAGAUGAACGCCAUCAAGAACACCAACCGGCUGGGCUGGGGCGUUGGGGCCAUAAGUAACGCGCGCUGGGGUGGGGCCCUGCUUCGGGAUGUCCUGGCAGAAGCCGGGUACAAACCCGGCGACAAGGGGCACGUCUGUUUUGAGGGACUGGACAAGGAUCAGAGCGGCACCGUUUACGGGGCCUCCAUCCCUUUCAAGAAGGCCAUGAGUCCUGACGGGGACGUCCUCUUGGCUUAUGAGAUGAACGGGGAGGAGCUGCCCCGGGACAACGGCUUCCCCCUCCGAGUCAUUGCGCCGGGGAUAGUCGGCGCUCGUAACGUCAAGUGGCUGGCCCGGAUCACGGUGGGCCCGGAGGAAAGCCAGAGCCACUGGCAGCAGAAGGACUACAAAGGAUUCUCCCCUUCCGUGACAUGGGACAACGUGGACUUCUCCAGCGCCCCUGCCAUCCAAGAUAUGCCCGUGCAGUCGGCAAUCACCGAGCCAGGCCCGGGUGCCUGCGUCUGCCCCGGGGAGCUCACGGUGAAGGGCUACGCUUGGAGCGGAGGGGGGCGAAGGGUGAUCCGCGUUGAUGUUUCGCUGGAUGGUGGGAAGAGCUGGCACAUGGCCAAGCUCACCGGGAAGGAGCAGCUGCCUGGUCGAGCCUGGGCGUGGCAGGUGUGGCAGCUGGACGCCUGCGUGCCCGAAGGCACCAAAGAGCUGGACAUUGUCUGCAAGGCUGUGGAUGCCAGCUACAACGACCAGCCCAACACAGUGGCGCCCAUCUGGAACAUUUUGGGAGUGCUCAACAGCGCAUGGCAUCGGGUCCACGUCAUCGUGGGUGAGGAGUAAGAGGCUGAGUCGUGCGGUUGUUCCGCACCUUCUUUCUUCUGAGAGUACAUUUGCCUACAUCCUCUUGGAGAAGAGAUUUAGCAUUUGUCACUCUGUAGCUGCCGCCGAGCUACAGCUUCCAUCAUUCCUGACCAUCGACUGUGCUGGCUGGGACUGAAAGGACUUGUAGCCCAAGGACAGCUGGAGGUUACCACCUUGGCGAGCCCCGUUCGAGAUGGAUGAAGGCCCUUUUACUAGCUCUUCUCUAAUCUCUCUGUCUUUUAAGGAAGCCCUCUUCUGCCCUUUAGAAUUCCUUGUGGGUUUGUUUCUCGAGAGGCGAAUGCGCGCAGCCUUCACUGAGUUGCCUUCGUUAUCUCCUGCGCUCUGCUCCUCCUCCUGCUCAGGAUUGCUUUCUCGUUGUUCUUGCCACCGUUACAAGAGCUGUUCCCUCAUUCCCCGCCCCUGCUCAGAAGACACGGUCGUGGGUGACCAGAUGAAAAAGGAGGACAGAAAUCUCGACUCUUUCGAAGAGGCGAUUUCAGCAGCUGUUUACACGUUACAGGAGCCCUUUGCGUCCAGCAAUCUAGCACAGUUUUCUAUCUGUAAGGAAGGGUUCUGACAAUCGCUUUUGUGAAACACUUAACUCUCCUGUCCUGGCAGGAAUAAAAACACAGAGAGAAUGGCUACUCUGCUUGCACAUAAGAAUGAGAUUGGGAAUAAAGGUAGUUUGCUCACAUAUGGGAAUCCAGGUUUAGGAAAACAGCAUACAAAGCAGGGGCAUUGUGUGUGUGUGUGUGUGUGUGUGUGUGUGUGUGUGUGUACACCAAAACUAAAUUUGAAUGCUUUGGGUUUUCUACAACAGUAGUUGUAGGUCAGAUUGCACCUGGUCAUAUGGGGAGCUUAGAUUUUUGUGUGUGUGUCCAAGGAAUUGGCUUUCUCCAUGGGCAUUUAUCUCCUCCCAUGAACACUUUGUGCCUUCUCUAUAUAUGUGUGUGUGUGAGUGUAUUUUUUUGGGGGGGGGGGAGGUGUUAGCCAUGAAGCAUUAAAAUAACAUCACAAACUUGCAGGAAAACAGUCAUAGGUAAAACAGUGUAACAUUCAAUUUAAUUUCAGGACUUUUUUUAAGACCCACUUUUCGGAAAAGAAAAAAAAAGCCCUGGGAAAACAUUAAAGCUUUUUUUAACCUGCUGCCCAAAAUAGUGUAAUGUAGAUGCCAGAUAAGCCUCUCUGGUGAGACCCAUUCCACAGGCAGGACACCGCCAAGAAGCACCAGUGCUUUUGAACUGUGUCUGGAAAUGCACUGCGAGCCAGUGCUGUGCAUUUCAGUGUGUACCACCACCCACCCCGUCCAAAAUUAAGUGUGUCCCCCCCACCGCCAUUGCUGAUCCUUCCCAUCAGAUCAGGACAUCGUAGCUGCACCUCUCUUCUUUUUGCAACCUGCGCCUGUUCAGGGCACUGCCAGCACCUGCCACGCAGAAAAGCAGGUGUACACAAUAAGUGCCUGGAGAGAUUUUUCCACUGUAGAUUUGUGAGUUUACAUGACACUCACUGUACUCUUGGUACCCCAACAUUUUGUGCCAGUUCUUGCUCUGACGUUUCAGGGUGGGGAUGGAAAACUUCGCUAUGGAUGGAUUUGGGUGAGUCUCCGACCUGCCCUUCCCAAGUAUCUGAAGUGGUAAUUGGAGGCCGGAUUUGGAGAGCUUUGGGAAAAUUAAUCACAUGCCAGACUGGAAACUCUGCCUACCAGCUUGUAAGCAUUUUUUCCCCUUUACAACACUUGCCAAGCUUCAAGAAUCCAGUUUAGAGGGGUUAGGAAAAGCUUUCAUCACACUAUAAAAGACUUCUGUAUCUAUUCA